AUGUCGCUUCCACAACUUCAUCGUCCGACGCAAGAAGACUUUCUCAGGGUGGCAGACGGCUUUUGGCAACGUCUUCGUAUCCGGUUCAAGUGGUUUACCAUCAAAUCCUUUCGCAAAUUCAAUGCCGAUGAUAUUUCAGGUAUCGCAACAUGGAUACUUAUGAGCCAGACUAUUUGGAUUCUAGUCGGAACUACCACAUUUCUGUCUGUAAUAUUUGCCAUUGUAAAUAGCUUACGAUUACAACACUUCGUGGCUCGAGGCAUAAGCGACUAUCUCACCUCCGAAACCGGAAUAACUAUCAUAUUCGAAAGUGCCAUCGUCCCAAAAUGGAAAGAUUCGCGCAUCUCCUUCAAAAAUGUUUACGUGUCGCGGCGUCCAAUGACCACACCUAGGCAAAAGUUAAUUAAUGCCCAUAUGGCUGCGGCUGGUAUUGGCAUACAAGAGUAUCAAGACUUCGGAGAGUACGAAGAGGAUGAAGCACAUGUUGCCUCAGAGCAAGACACGAAUUACUCUAUGUUUGACCUCAAUAUCGACUCGGUUGAUGUCACACUAUCGCUAUGGAGGUGGUUGGACGGCAGAGGGUUGGUAGAAGAUGCCGUUGUCAAAGGAGUUCGAGGUGUAUUAGAUCGACGCUCCGUUUUGUACGAUCCUGAACAUCCUCUUGACCCUGCAUCUUUUCGUCAUGAGUCCCAUGUGGGGGACUUUGAGCUAGAUUCUCUUCAGCUUGAGGACGUCCUCAUCACUGUAUAUCAACCUGGCGGUUUUAGGCCAUACACAGCGUCCAUUUUCCGCGCAGAUAUCCGAACUUUUCGUAAACGAUGGAUGUUCUAUGAUUUCUUGUCUGCGGAGAAUAUUGUUGGGCAAUUUGACAAUUGUUUGUUCAGCUUGCACAAGCCCCAAAGCAUAGGACGUACCACGGGAAGUGAGUUGCAUGACGGUGACUGGGCUCGGAUGUCGCGUAUCCGGAUUGACGGUGUGAGCAUUGAUCACCUUCAAGCCUCCACCUCGAUGGAAGGCCCUGUCUCGUGGAUAACUUCAGGCAAACUCGAUGCGGUCCUGGACAUCAAAUUUCCCAAAGACCCGGAUGACGCACUCGCAUUGAAUGUGAUACUAGAAGAAAUUGCCGAUGCUAUAUCCAACACGUUAUCUACCUCACCAGCUUUAGAUCCUUUGCGUCAACGCAUUCCUGGUCAGCGGGAAUUAGCGAAACCUCCGCUGAGUGCUCCUGACACAGAGGAGUUCACCGCUUCUGUGAAUUUGGAGCAAAGCAAGGAGCCUAAAGUGGUCAUUGAGCUGGACCUAAGGUUUAGAGAUGUCAAAGCUGCAGUGCCGAUAUUCACGAGCGACUUGUCGUACGUGAAUAACGCACUGAUCCGUCCUAUCGUUGCCUUCAUGAAUGCCAAUCGGACCUUGGUCCCCAUACAUUGUCGAGUCGUGAAAGUUCUCAAUGAUUUUGAUGGUGCUUGGACUAUGUGGGAGACUGGCCUUCUUGACGAAAUUUCGCUGAAGAUGUAUGACGCGUUGGCGUUCCAUGUCACACAAGCCAACAUUAAUCGCCGUAUCAAGACCGUUAGUGUCUGGAGUCUACAAAUGACAGCUAGCGCUGUACUAUCUGCGUUGCGAAACCUAGUCGAUCCUGUUUCCAUACGCGUUCGGGAAACAUACUUGAAAGCUCUAGAAGAAAGGGAACGCUAUUGGUUUAACGUUGAACUUUAG